AUUAGUUUAGGAAGCCCUUGAGUGAGGCAAUCAGGUGGCUAUUCCUUUAAAUUUUAAUAUUUUUAAUGGAUUUAGAGCUUUUGCAAUGUUUGGUUAAGUGCAUUUCAAGUGUUUUAAACUUUGUGUUUUGUAAUUAAAGCCAUGAAGGCUUUCGGAGUUUGGUCCUUAGCCAUGUUCAAUGUCAAGCCUGUGGUGAACUUGAAAAUUUUGUGUGUGUGGGAGAGACUCUGAAGCGGAAGCCAAAGUUGAAGGUGGCCGAAAGUUUCAAUAAAUCGAUGCCAACACCAUGCGGUUGCCAUGGCAAUUGAAAGUCCUUUGCAGGGCCAAACACGUCAGAAAUAUAGCCGUAAACAAAAUAAAACUGAUGCCAGUCCAAUACCAAAAUGGGAAUGUUGCACAAUUUGGCUGACUUGAUAAAGAUUAAAAAGGAUAAAAUGACAAUUCUGGUGCUGGGCCUAAACAACAGCGGCAAGUCCUCGAUAAUCAAUCACUUUAAAAAGUCCAGCGAACAGACGUCCAUUGUUGUGCCAACAGUGGGCUUUAUGGUGGAGCAGUUUUACAGCAUGGCUGGCGUUAGCAUAAAGGCAAUCGAUAUGUCUGGAGCUACGCGGUACCGAAACCUUUGGGAGCACCAGCUUAAAAAUUGUCAUGGAAUUAUAUACGUCAUCGAUUCCAGCGACCGCAUGAGAUUCGUUGUGGUCAAGGAUGAGCUGGAUCUUGUAUUGCAGCAUCCAGAUUUAUGCAACCGAAUAGUGCCAAUUCUCUUCUAUGGAAAUAAGUCGGACAUGGAGGACUCCCUGUCGAGUGUGAAAAUAGCAGCAGCUCUGAGACUGGAGAACAUCAAAGAGAAACCCUGGCACAUUUGCUCAAGUAAUGCUAUCUCUGGUGAGGGUCUUGGCGAAGGUGUCCAAUGGCUUAUCCAGCAAAUGCGUUUUGCCAUGCUUAACAACAAAGAUGCCGCCAAGGCCAGGUCUAAACACUCUAAAUAGAUCUUCACAUUUUUACUACUCUCUUCUUAAUGUUAAAUUAAAAUAAACAUUGUUUUUAUCGGAAAAUGAGUAUU